UUAUGUUCUUAGUCAUUUUAUUAUUCUUUUUAAAAUUGUCGUACUAAAGAAAGUGAAAGUGGUCAACAACCUCUUUCUCGGUGAAGUAAUGUAUAUUCUCUACCGUGACGCUAGUGAGAAAACAUUUUGGACCUUUUGCUCCACUCGAGAGCCGACGGGAGAUACCGUCGAUGAAUUGCGGCAGAGAUUGAAUAAUAUGAAGAGAUUGAUGGCCGAGAGGCAAAGAGCUGGGGAAUUGGACGAAGGGAGAAGGUCACACGCUGUUGGAAUAAUUGAUGGAAGUUUUCUUAGUGUAGUUUUUGGCAUAGCGUUAUUAGUUAUUAUAACGGUUAGUGUGUACGCUUUUUAUAAUUUGUACAACGCUAUUUUAAAAAAGUUCCCUUCGCACCACGAGGAACUGUAAACGGGGUCCUUUUGUUCGAUUUUGUAUCAGUUUUAUACGUAAAUUUGUACUAUUUGUAAUUUUCUUAUUAAAAUUGGAAACCUU